AUGAUGCCAAUGCUGCUGGUCGGCAGGCUACGCUUAGAACAACAAAGCGUUAAAGGACGAGGUGGCAAGCAUGAGAAUCAUAUCCUUAACCCAGCCUACUUGUUCAAUGAAGGUUGCUCUGGUCCUUUUCAUCAGUUAUGGGGUGGUAUUAUUCACUCCCUUCAGACUCAAGUGGAAAUAAAAAGGAGACAUCAUUUAUGAACAUACAAAGACUAUUUUACUGGUUCUGUUGCUGUUGAUGUAGUAUUAAGUCAUCUUAUGCAAAAUACAUGCCUAAGUAGCGAUGACACCUCUCUCAAAGGAGUUUGUCUUUGCCAUGUUCUAAUGAACAAAGUAUUUGAACUAGUAGGAAUGAAGCUAUUGAAAAAUGAAAAGGAAUUAGAAUUUGAAGAUUCAAACAGUAGUCUCUACAGUUUUCUAGACAAUAAAUCAUCUUAUAUUUUUUGCAAAAGAGAAAAGGAUUCUGGGAAUGGGUUAACUGAUGAAAUAAAAGCAAAGGAAUCUUUAAGACCAGGAGAUGAAAUGAUUUCAAAUCCUCUAGCACAAGAGAUUGGUGAGGAAAGAAUAGAGGAACCUAUUCAUACAAUGAGUGGGAAUAUGGCUUUACCUCCAAAUAUCAUAGUUGAUAAACCUGUUCUCUCACUUUCAAAAAAAGGCAUUUCCUUCUACAUCUACAUUAUAUCACACAAGACAGAUGUUUGGAAACAACAGACAUUUCUAUAUAUUUUUUGACCCAUUCACCUUCCAUUCUUGGAAAAUAUUUUGAAGCCUCCUGUUAAAACACAAAAUCUUCAAUUAAGUGAAGAGGAGGAUCUUAUUCUCUCAAACACUUGUCUAGACAAAGAGGUUAUUCUAAGCUUAUGUUUACCUGAAAUUGACAACUGGUUUAUUAAUGCAGCAAUUAAAUGUUUGCUAUUUCCCUGACCAGUUAUAGUUACAGUUAUUCAGCAGUUAGUACAAAAGGAAAAGACAUUGAGUAUACAGAAGAAGAUACUCUUUGAUGUUGUAGUAAAAUACUAUAAUCAAGAGAGAGAUUGCCUAUUAACUGAUGAGUAUUCUGAUAUUCAGUUAGGAAUUAUUGAACUUUUAGGGCUACUUACCUUUAUGCCUAUUGUAUCAGAACCUAAUACCCUCAAGUUACAGAAACAGUAUGAUAACAAAACAGUGGUCCUGAAAACUCUUGUCAAAGCAGUUUUGCAAACGAGAUCAUUAUUAGAAGUAUGGGCAGAACAACUAGUCUGGUUUUUACUGAAGUAUCACUCUGAGAUAUUCAAGAAUCCAGUUACUUUAUUGGAUCUGGGUAAGAAACUUAAGAAGCUUCUACAUGGAGAAGAUCCAGAUGCCAUAUCAGGUUUCACAUUUUGCCAACACUUGACAAAGAGUUUGGAGAAAAAAGGAAGGACAGUAAGGACAGUUCAGUAUCUUCACCAAUUGGCUCUUCAGAUUAAUAGUAACCUCAGCAUCUCUUUGAAACAAGCAAAAAAAAAAAAAAAAAAAAGAAAGAAAUUAAUUAAGGAAUUUCAAAAAUACCCUCCAGAAGCUUUCAAAAACACACUCCAGAAGCUUAACAUUUCUGGGGCAAGAAACUACAGUUUGUAAAUACAAACAACUCUCUGGUGGUUGUCUCAAACUACUA